AUGUUUUCCCCAUGUUUUCCCUACGUUUUUGGACCAAGAUCCCAGGACAUCGCCUGGAGUGACUUGUUGACUGAAGCGGUCUACUCCACCCACCUGCGCGAGAAGCCGGACCAGGGGCCCAGCUUGAUUUCGUUCAUUUGGGGAGGGAUUGGUAUCGGAAAGCUGUUUUGCACCAGCAUUGUGGGAAUUCUGAUGGAGAAAGUGGGCAACCGCGCUCCAUACCUCAUCGCUGCACUUGCUGCAGCAUUUACCUUGUUGAUCACCUUCCUGAAUCUACCUGAAGAGACGAGCCGCCGGGGGCGCUGUUGCAAGAAGUUAGGUGGCUCUGAAAUGCCGUUGGCCAUUGUGGGCUUGGUGAUUGGUUUGGGCGCUCUCAGUCUGGCCUUGCUCUCCGUCUUUGGCGGCAACCUCUACACCAAGGCGAUUUGCGCUGGCAUCCUUGCAGUUGUUGCGCUGAGCUUAGUGUCGGUGACAUUAACGCCCAUUGUGGCGAAAGUGAAUGCCUUCUUCUUUAUUCAGAGCAUUUGCAGCUUCAGCAUCUCAGGAGCUUCUUUCUACUUCUUCACUGAUGGCCCUGAGGCCUAUCCUGAUGGACCGCAUUUGUCCAAGGUUUUUUAUUCCUCCACCAUCGGCCUUGCCUCAACGGUCUUCUCCCUGUUGGGCGUGGUGAUCUACAACCGUUGGAUGCAGCAUUGGCGCUACCCCUUUAUCCUUAUGAUGGGGAGCUUGUUGUCUUGCGCUUGCAACUUGGUGAGCUGCAUCGUCUUUACGCGAACCAACGUGAGGUUUGGCAUCAGCGACAAGUUUUUCGUGUUGGCCUCGGACGCGGUGCAGACGGUGGUCAUGGAAAUUGCUUGGCUGCCGAAUGUGCUGCUGACGUCACAACUAUGCCCCAAAGGCUGCGAGGCGACGAUGUUCGCUUUGCUGGCUGGAAUGGGCAAUCUGGGCGGACACUUGGGGAACUACUUUGGUGCCUUCCUUUUGCAGCUCUUAGGCGUCCAGCCGACUGGCGCGGCGGGGGAUGAAGAACAAUUCCAAAAUUUGUGGCUUGCGGCGAUAGUGCAUGCAAUUGCCCCAUGUAUUCCUUUGGUCUUGGUUUUCCAGCUGAUUCCCAAUAUCAGCCAGAAGGAUCCCAUCAAGGGAUCGAGCUCUCCACCAAGAGCCGCGCUAUGAAACGGUAGCGAAGCACAAAGUUUCACUCACCCAGCCGGGAGAUGGGACAGGAACAGCGCUUCGCAGG